GCGAAAAUCAGGAUAGAAAAUGUCGUCGCAGUUGAAUUUGAAAGAUCGUAAGACGAACUUUCCACGCAUAAAUCUUGUGCGCGAAACCCAUAGCAUCAUGACCUUAAGAAAAAGAUUAAUGCCGCACAUAAAUACUUCUCUAGCGCAGAUCAAGCAGAUGAGUUCGAACGAAAAGUUAAAAAUUGGACCUUUGAGGCGCACACUUUAUGCCAAAUACAAUCCCACAACCAGCAAGAUACUUGAUAUCAAUGCUCCUCCAUCUGCAUCAGACCACCAAGACGAGGGAAUGGGGAUGAUGCUAGCUCGAAUCCUAAAGGACGACUCGGGCGUGGGGGGCGAGGCAGUGCCACAGGCUGCCAGCAAGCCCGUCAAGACCGAGGAGGUGGAGGAGGAUAAGGUGCUGUGCGAAGAGGACAUUCGAACGGCCACUGAUCACUGGCAGUUUUUUGGCCAGCAGGUGCAGUUCGAACAGGAAAUGCUACUCCAACAGCAGCAACAACAACAGGAGCAGGUGUUUGUGCGCCAGGACGACGGCAGCUAUGCGCCCUGCGCCUCUCAGGAGGAGCCGAAGGCACUGAGCGGCCACUACAUGCGCGAGAUUUCGCUUGAGGAUGGUCCACUAGUCCUGCUCUGCAGUGGCGACGGCGUUGUCAACUACAAUGCCAAUGACAGGAUCAGCCUGGACAUCAGCGAUGCUCCCAUGUACGUGGUACACCGGGAUGAUAGUGUGGUGGCUGGCAUGCAGCUGACAGCUGACGGAAAUGACGGCGGGGAUGGCGAAGAGAUUAGGAAAGAUGUGGAACUUGGAGAAAUUGUGCAAGUCGAGGGGAUCAUACAGGAAGGACAGCCUCCCUAUCUGGUUCAGGCGGUCGAUGACGGCGAACUGGCCUUCGACGAUCUCAUUGAGUACGCGCCCGAGGAGUAA